ACGCCGGCUCGCAGCGGCCGCAGCCCCGCGGAGCUCCCGCAGCGCUCCCUGAGCGCCAUCAGUCCUCCGGGCCGGCAGGGGGCGCUGCCGCGCGGCGCCGGGAGCGGCCCCAUCCCGGGGCCUUCCGGGGUAUCCCGGCCCGGCGUGAUCCCGGUGCGAUCCCGGGCUAUCCCGGCGUGAUCCCGCUGCAGUCCCGGGGUAUCCCGGUGCGAUCCUGGCCCGUCGCUCUGUGAUCCCGGGAUAUCGCGGCCCGGCCCGUUGUGAUGCCGUUGUGAUCCCGGCGUGUCCCGGCCCCGUCCCGCUGUGAUCCCGCUGGAAUCCCGGCGUGUCCCGGCCCCGCCGCCAUGGGGAAGAAGGGGAAGCGCGACAAGAAGGGGAAAGGCGCCGAGAAGACGCUGGCGAAGAUGGAGAAGAAGGUGUCCCGCCGAGCCAAGAAGGACGAGGAGGAUCUUGAAGCCCUGAUAGCAGAAUUCCAGAGUCUGGAUGCUAAAAAGACCCAAGUAAUUGAGUCCUCCUGCCCACCCCCCUCACCCAGGCUGAGCUGCUCCCUCUGUGCUCACCCCGAGAGAGACGAGCUGAUCCUUUUUGGAGGUGAAUAUUUCAAUGGCCAAAAAACCUACCUGUACAAUGAGCUGUACAUUUACCACAUCAGGAAGAACAGCUGGGCCAAGCUGGACAUCCCCAACCCACCCCCGAGGCGUUGUGCUCACCAGGCAGCUGUGGUGCCCACGGCUGGGGGGCAGCUCUGGAUCUUCGGGGGCGAGUUUGCCUCUCCCAACGGGGAGCAGUUCUACCACUACAAAGAUCUCUGGGUGCUGCAUUUGGCCACCAAGACCUGGGAGCAGAUCAAGGCACCAGGAGGGCCCUCUGGACGCAGUGGACAUCGGAUGGUUGUGUGCAAAAGGCAGCUGAUCAUCUUUGGGGGUUUCCACGAGAGUGCAAGAGAUUUCAUCUACUACAAUGAUGUGUACACCUUCAACCUGGACUCCUUCACCUGGAGCAAGCUGGCUCCUGCAGGGAUGGGGCCUGCUCCAAGGUCUGGCUGUCAAAUGACUCCCACCCCUGAGGGCAACAUCAUCAUCUAUGGGGGCUACUCCAAGCAGAGGAUCAAGAAAGAUGUGGACAAAGGCACCCUGCACACGGAUAUGUUCCUGCUGAAGGCUGAAGGGGCAGGCAAGGAGGAAGACAGGUGGAGCUGGAGCAGGCUCAGCCCCUCUGGAGUGAAGCCCAGCCCCAGGUCUGGCUUUGCCGUGGCCGCUGCCCCCAACAACCGCUGCCUCCUUUUUGGGGGGGUGCACGACGAGGAGGAGGAGGAGAGCCUUGAGGGGGACUUCUUCAAUGACAUUUAUUUCUAUGACAUCGGGAAGAACCGCUGGUUCCCUGCACAGCUCAAGGGCCCAAAAUCAGAGAGGAGGAAGCGCAGGCGUGGCAGACAGGCUGAGGCAGAGGCUGCUGGAGGGGAGGAGCUGCAGCUGCCACCUCCCCAGGGCCCCCUGGAGAUCGUCAAGGAGGUGGUGGCAGAGGAUGGCACCGUCAUGACCAUCAAGCAGCUGAUCCCUGGAGCUGCAGAAGACAAGGACAGGUCUGGCUCAGAGGAGGAGGAGGAGGAGGAAGGUGGAGCCCUGGGCCAGCCCGUGGAGCCGUGCCCACGCUCCAGUGCCAUGGUGGCAGUGAAGCACGGGGUCCUCUACGUGUACGGGGGCAUGUUCGAGGUGGGUGACCGCCAGGUGACCCUCAGUGACCUGCACAGCAUCGACCUGCACAGGAUGGACCAGUGGAAGGUGCUGCUGGAGAUGGAUCCAAAAACCCAGGAAUGGCUGGAGGAGUCAGAGUCAGAUGGAGAGGAGGAUGAUGAUGUGGAAGGUGCCGAGGGAGGGGAGGAAGAAGAAGAGGAGAGCUCUGAAGAGGAGAGUGAAGAUGAGGAAGGGACAUGUUGGAAGCUGGAAUAUACAUCCUGCAUUACAAAGUGCAAAAUACUACAUGCUCAGAGCCCAAGCAUGAUGUCUGAAACAGUCCACAGCAAGAUGUAAGAGACAAACCCACCACCCUCUCCCUCCUCUCUGGGACAUGCUCCAGGUGCUCCUCCCCAAGUGCCUUUGAGAAACAGUUGGAUUUUUGCUUGGUUUUGUUUUAUUGUCAUCCUCAGUGGAUUGGAAUUGAGCCCUCUGUCCCCUGUCCCUCCCCACCCUGCUCCCUGUGCACAUUUUUUGGGAUGGGCUGGAUGCUCCUCACCAGCACAGCACCAUCAGCCACUCCAUCCGUGCUGCUGGAGGUGCCUCCAAGGGGUUUUCUGGGGGAAUUUUUUAGCCAGGAGAAAUUGGCUGUGAAUUAAAAGUAGCUCUGGGUGGUUUUCCUGCCUUGCCAUGGGUGAGGAGCAGCCUGGGGAGGAGGAGUGAAGGCAGGAGGGUGCUGGGGCUGCUGCUCACACCUCGUGUUCCCUAUUCCCCCCCUGCCCCGAGGAA